AUGAACACAGAUAUCCUGCUGACUCCAACAGGUCCAGAUGAGGCGAUGUCGUUGGAGAUCGAAGACAAAGCUCGAGUUCCACUGAGCACACGCGCAGCAGGAGACAUUGUCAAAGUGGCUUUCAAGCCUGGAUUUGCCAAGAUAUCACAAGGCAGAGUGUUCUGUGGCUUUGAUCGGGCAACUAGUAAGGGCGACGGCAAAGAGGAGUUCGUACUCAAGGUGGUGCCCGUGUUUGUGUUCCGCAGUAUACCUCGAAGUUCUGUCAACGACCUCUUGGUGAACGGCCAUUUUGAGGACAUCAUCGGGAUGCUUCUACCCUCACCUGAACAUGAUGCCACAGCCAUUCGUGGCGUGCCGCUGGCAGUGAUCCAGGCCUGCAAUUGGUGCUAUGCAGUGCUGGCGAAGGAGUUGGAGUCCAGUGAGGACAAGACGCCGUUGGAUGGACUGAAUCCUGAGCGCGUGCCGGUCUUUCCCUUCUUGCGCUUGGCCCUUGACAUCAUCCAUCGCCUUGAAGCUGCACGCCCUGGAGACGCAGAGUUCGCUGUGGCAUGCAUUGCUGAGCACAGCAAAGCAAUGCCUGCAGAGAAGCCUGACAUCAUGAAACGCAGACGCCGCGAAGAGUGCGGUUCUCAAGUAUUGGCACAGCUUCUUGGUGUUACGGAUGACAAGAUGGAAGUCCGCAGCAAGCUGUUCUACGUGACGGCUGCAACCAAAGACGGUAUGCUGAAGCCGGCGCAUGCCAAAGUAUCCUGGUCGCAGCAUCAAGGGACCUACUCUUGCGAGUCUGUACCUGAAGCCUUUGUCUCAAGCGUCGCCUUCGGCUACCUGGCUGGCCCCUCCUUUGUCUCCUCCCCUCACCAGCCAAGCAGUCGUGUGCUCCGACGUGCCGUCGAUGAAAGCACCACAGAGGCUGCGGAAGAGCGGCACUUGCCACUUCCAGAGGCAACCCACUUUGUUGAGGAAGAGGCGGCAGGUUGCAUUGAGGAGGGGUGCACGGUGGAAGACAUCAUGAGGAUCCGGCAGAAGCUCGAAACGGAUGAAGGAAGGAUUCGGGAAGCCAUUGAGAUGCUUCAGGUGGCUCGUGACUCCUUCUCGGUGGACUCCUCACCGGGCAUCGGUCUUCUGCGGAUGUCGCUGAGCCGGAUCCACAGCCUGAACAACAAGCUCCAAAGUCUGAUUGGGACCCAUAGCGAGCAGUUUGCGAAGGCCAUCUGUUUCGGGCUUGCAGUUGCGCAGCCGCGACGUGCCUUGUGGCAGGAUUUCGGAGCUUACUUGGCUUUUGGCCAUGGCGAGACUGGCGUAAGUGUGAGUAGCGCGGAGGAAGCAGUAUUCUAUAUUCGAUUCUUUUACAGGCCGACAGUGAAUGCUCGGGACACCGGUGUGGAGCCAGUAGACAUCAACAGUAGCCUGUGCUGUGCAAACCCCUCAGCGAAGGACUGUGCAGACAGCAAGCUGGGGUCAGCCAUUGCAAUGCUGUACCAACGGUUUUGCUGCCUGCUGGCAUGGCAUGUGUUAACGGAGAGCGCAGCACAAGUCGGCUGUCCGCCGAGCGACGAUGCUGCACUGCUGCAGCUGAAGCCUGGUGAAGGUCCAUCUGAAUACGGCUAUUUUACUUGGAUGAGCGACUUGCAUGGAGAUCCCUUCUACACAUCAGACAUUCGACAGUGCCGCAAGAAGAGCUUGCUAGCUCUGAAGGAUCAAGCCUUCGGGGCGAUGGGGUGCGACCCGCCAAUCUCUUUGAUGAUCUCAGCAGCAUCUGCCGCCAAAGCUACGGGACGCGAGACAUCUUUUUUGCUCUACACUGGCGACUUCUCGAGGCAUGCUAUAGAGCUUAUGCCAGACCCGCAUUCUAACGUUUCCAAUGUGAUUGGACAAGUGGCAUCAGUCAUCAAGGGUCAUUUUGCAGACACCCCGGCCAUUUUCGGUGCCCUUGGAAAUGAUGAUGGAAUGCGGAAUUACUUCCAACUCAUCACAUCCGACCAGCCUGCCAAUGACUGGUUUGUCCUGGUGGCAGAAAGGUUGAGUUCCAGUUGGUCUUUAGGUGCUGACGCUGUGAAGGAGUACAAGUACGGAGGCUACUUUGAGACACGUGCGGGCAAUCUCACCAUUCUGAGUCUUGCAACGGUGAUCUAUUCUGUGCGGCACGAGCCCGCGCAGCUGGAGGUGGAUCCUUUUGGGCAGUUUGCCUGGCUGUCACACAAGCUGAAGGCAGCUGUACAUGAUAGUCGGAAGGACUACCAGCACUGCUUUGAGAAGGCAAUCUCUGAGACUAGCACAAAUCAUCAGUUUGGUCAGCGUCCGUUCAACGUCGCUCGCUUGCUGCAGAGCAUCCCCAAAGGCUUUGAUGACGAGGAAACCUUUCUUUUGAGCAAGCUGCUGCGUUGGGCGGAAUUAGCCAAGACGCAACAAGCUUUGGAGGUGCUGAAUUUGGCGCAUCACGGCUCGUGGCAAGAGCUGCUGCACAAGUAUGGUCCAGCUUUGGGGAGGUCUCUGGAAACAGGAAGCUCUCUGGACUCUGAGAUCGGUGAAAGUGUGGGAAAAGGAGGGGACAAGGAGAAAGCCUUGCCAGAAGAGCUGAAGAAAUCAGACUUGCUGAAGUUCGUCACCCUGCUACUGAGCUCCAAGGAGCCGAGCUUACGCGCCUCCUGCUUCCGAGCUAUUGCUGCGCUGAGUGCGAGGCCGUUCCGAGAACAGCGACUAUUCAAGAUGGUCAAGUUCUCAAAGCUGUGCAUGGAGCAGCCUGACACGAAGACAACAAAGUGCUAUCAGGGCCUGCCGCCCCAGAGCCUCACGUUCUCCAUACCAAGCUACUGCAUUGUUCAUCCGCCCUUUGCCUAUAGCUUCUGGGUCUACAUGCAGGAGCCCACGUCAAGAGGCGAAUUCGGCAGAAAGACGUACUUUCUGAUGGGUCACUACAUGCCAGCAGGCAGCAGCACGCCUGUCAUCUCGGUUGCCCUUGCAGCGGGGCACGGGCAUUCGGGGCAGGACGGUCGGCUUGAGCUUUGGUUAGGGAACGACUGCAAGGCUCCAGACAACGAAGAGGGCGAGAAAGUGGUGGAAGCAAAGCUUCAGGGUCGUAUCCAGCUUUCGUCCCUGCCGCCAGAGCCCUUGCGUGCGGUUUGCUACGUGGGCUUUCCACCUCCAGAGCUGCUCAACUACCAGAACUCCAUCAGCAUCAUGGAAGGUCUCAUUGCACAGAUGACUUACCAUGACGAGGGCCUCACAAAGAGUCAAGUCUACAACGCCUACUUCAGGUCGCGACACAUGCUUCCGGCGGAGCCGGGGGUCUAA